AUGUCUACCCAACUCAAUGAUGUUGAAGAGGUUCAAGAAGCUUUAGAAGCUCACAAUGGUUCCAUUGUUCACAUAAAUUUCAUCGAUGAAGGUGAUACUGCUUCAAGGGAACAAAAUGAAUAUUUUGAAAAAAUAGCUUCUAAGGCUAAGUCCAAUAAUUUCGGUGGAUAUUUUUAUAAAGUAUUUCUUCGUGAUGUUCCAAAUGUUAAAGAGUAUUUAAGGGUAUCUCCUCUUGAAUAUCAAGAUUCAUAUGAACCAUUUAUCUCUAUAUUUCAUCAAACAAGAUUGAUUGGUUUUGCUGAAACAACUGAUAAAAAUAAAGUUGAAGAGUUACUAGAAAGUCUCAAUUAA